AAAAAUAGAAGACAAUAGCGGUAUGACAAAGAAAGAUCGGAAAGGAAAUGCGCAGUUAUUCAGUUUCCCUCUAAAAAAGUAACGUAGAGGGUUAAAACAAUUCGUUCGUGAACUUUACUUGUUUAUUCGUGAUGUAAUUAAACUUUUCAAAAUGACAAAUACGGACAUCAUAAGCCAAGGAAUCAUUAAAAAAAUUUUCCUGAAAGAUUUUAUUACAUAUGAUGAGAUAGUUUUCUUGCCUGGAAGAUACUUCAAUGUUGUCAUAGGACCAAAUGGUACCGGUAAGUCUACACUCGUAGCAGGAAUAGCCUUAGGGCUAGGAGGAUGUCCUAAAGAUCUUGGUAGAAUUGGUGAAAUUUCUCAAUACAUAAAAGGUCAAUGUGAAAAAGCAUUGAUUGAAAUUGAACUUGAAAAUGGACCGAACGAAACUGUCAAAAUCAGUCGCAUGUUCAAUACAAGGAACAGGUCUACAUGGAUGAUUAAUGGAAAAACUGUUACUGAAGCUGAAGCUCAAGAUUUGAUUGCAAAAUUCAAUAUUCAGGUGAACAAUCUUUGUCAAUUUAUACCGCAAGAAAAAAUUAAUGAUUUCGCAAAAAUGAGCCCACAGGAGCUGCUAUUAAAUACAGAAAAGUCUGUAGGAGAUCCAAAAGUAUAUGAUUACCACAUGCAAUUAAUAAGAAAUAAGCAAAAACAAGAAGAAAUAUCUAACGAAAUUGGUCAGAAAAAAACUGUGCUUGAAUCUGAUACUCAAAAAUAUCAACAAUUAGAUGAAAUUGCUUCACAAUAUAGAGAAAGAAAAGCAAUUAUGAAAAAAAUAAAAAAUUUGGGACAAAAAAAAGCUUGGGUACUGUAUGAUAUGACAAGAACAGAACUGAUUAAUUUGAAACAUCAAAGCAAUGGUCUUAAGAGUCAAAUAUCUGAUCUAAAAUCGACUUUGGAUCCCAUUUUAAGUCAAAUGAAUGAAAAAGGCAAAAAAAUAAAAGAAUUAGAAACUUCUGUUCAAUCUUACAAUCUACAAAUUAAAAAUUGUGAAACUAAAUUAUUAAAAAAUAUUGAAACUAUUGAGAGUCUUCAUCUUAAUGUAAUAAAUAUAAAGAAAAAUUGCAAAGAAGAACUAAAAAUGGAAGAAAGUCGAGAUAAAUCUAUUAAACUUGAAGAAACACAUAAAAGUAAAUUAGAAAAUGACAUGCAGCUAUUGAUGGAAGAAAUCGGUACUGAAGAAUCAGUUCAUAAAAAAUUACAAGUAAUCAAUGAUAAAAUAAACAACGAAAGAAAAAAAAUGGAUGAAAUUAAUAACGAAGCUGUAUUUUAUAGAGAAAAGUUGAAUCUUGUAGCACGUAAAAUACAUCAACUAGAAGGAGAAUUAAAGCAGCUUAGCGAUGUUCAGUCGAAACGUUUAGAUUUACUUCGUUCUAUGAAUUCACAUGCUUAUGAAGCAGUUAUGUGGCUUCGAAAUAAUAGAGAUAAAUUUCGAAGUGUCAUUUAUGAACCUAUGAUUUUACAUAUCGAUAUUAAAGAACUUAAAUAUGGUAAAUUUUUUGAAAAGAUAAUUCCUAGACGAGAUUUGGAAGCUUUCGUUUGUGAAGAUAAACAAGAUAUGAAUCUUUUAUUAAGAUAUUUACGCGAUCAGCAAAAUCUAGUAGUCAAUGUAGUCCAUUCUGAUUCAACUGAAUCAUUAAGUACUGUACCCAGGAUACCACUCAAUAAUCUUACACGAUACGGAUUCUAUUCUUAUGCAAUUUCUUUUAUUUCUGCUCCUGACUUAAUUAUGAAGUAUCUAAUAAAAACAUACCAUAUUCACAAUAUUCCAUUUGGUACAGCUGCUGUAGACGAUAACAUUGAUGCAGUGCCUACUGAGUUAUUCUCUUUUUUCAGUCCUAAUUAUCAUUAUAAUGUUCGAGUAUCUAGGUAUACUAAAGACAAAUCCACACAAAUUAAUCCUUUGCCAAAUCAUGUACGAAUGUUUUCUAUUGUUGUGGAUCAUAACAAAAUUGCGGAAAAUACUCAAUUAUUAGAACAAAGACGAAAUGAGCAUGCACAACAUGAAUCGAAAUUAAGAGAGACUGAAACAAAGUUGAUGGAAUAUAACGAUAAAAUGGAAUCGCUUCGUAAGUCAAGAAAAGAUUUAGAUACUAAGAGUAAACAAAUUCAGAUGCUUAAUAGUCAAAUCAAAAGGAAAACUAAUGAAAUUAUACAGCUUCAAAAUCAACGAAGGAGUUUUGAAGAUAUUAAAAAUGCUGCAAAUAAUGCAAUACUAAGUGUUUUGAAAAAACAAACAGAACUGUAUAAAGAAUGUGCUGGAGAGCAUAAAAAAGCGAUUGACAUUAUUAAACAAUCGAAAACUAACAAUUUUUUAUUGAAAUUAGCAGAACGUGAGUUAAAAAAAAUUUCUGAUAGUUCGAGACAAUAUAAAGACCAACUACAGGAAGUGGAGAAUGAAUUCAGAACAUUGGCCAGGCAAAUAGAACCAAUGCAAGUUGAGAUUAAAAGAUUGCUUGGUGAAGCUAUACGUUCCACAGACAAUGUCAGUUCUAGCGAUAGAGCAGCAUUUGCUAAAUAUGAAAGAAUCUUUGCUAAAUUACCUCCGACAAUUGAGGAGAUAGACGAAGCUAUUCAGUCAGCUAAAGCUCGACUUUUCUGUGCAGGUGACACUCAUCACGGCGAAGAAAUCCUUGAAGAAUGUGAAUUAGUUAAACGAAAAAUUGAAUCACUUAAAGUAGAGAUAGAAAAAUUAGAAGAAACAUUAGCGAAAAAUAAAAGAGAUACAGAGGAGUUACGUGAUCAGUGGUUACCACUAAUUGAAAAGCUUACUCGUACGAUUAAUGGCAAGUUUUCAAAUGGUUUCCAAUCAAUUGGAUGUGUCGGUGAAAUACAACUCAAACAUAAUGGAAAUCCGAUGGAUUUUGAUCAAUAUGAAUAUAAAAUUUACGUUAAAUUUCGAGAUGUUGAUGAUUUACAAGAGUUCAAUAUAAACCGUCAAAGUGGUGGUGAACGAGCUUUUACAACUGCUGUUUACAUGCUGUCUCUUCAAGAGAUGUGUCGAGUGCCAUUUAGAGUUGCUGAUGAAAUAAAUCAGGGUAUGGAUGCUAUUUAUGAAAGGAAAAUAUUUGAUAAACUUGUUGAGCUUACGUCAACAGCACAUGGAUCACAAUAUUUUUUGAUUACUCCCAAGUUACUUCCUAAUUUACAAUACAACGAAAAUGUAAGAGUUCAUGUUGUUCACAAUGGGCCAUAUAUUAUUCCAUAUGAUAGAUUCAAUCUACAAGAUUAUUGUGCGAAAUUGGAAAGGAAUUAAUUAUCUUUAACUAUAUAUUGUAUUAUAUUUUUGUUCUUUAUCAUUUUUAUUUGAUUGUUUUUAAUUAUGAUCUCGUUAAAACUGACAAAGUCAGUGUACGCAUUUCCAAUACAUGCAAUAUAAUUUAUCUUUGAGUAUUGCAUUGACUAUUAUCUUACUUUCGAUUUAUUAUUAUUAAAAAAAAUUUCUCAAGUAUUAUUCUAUGAAAAUAGCUUUGCUUGAUUCUGUUUAUUUUAUGAGCCAGACAAAAAUAUUGUAGAAAAAAUAAGCAAAAUAAUUACUAUCAAGAGUUUUAAUCA